AUGGCGGCCAACUACAAUCAAGUAUUGGCGUCAUCAUCUCAGCCCCGCCUUGAGCAGCUGCCAGUUGAGCUCAUGGAUAAGAUUGCCGCCAGUUUAAGCUUGGAAGAUUUCAAAAACCUUCGACUGUCUUCUCCUCGGAUUGCAGAAUGUACAAAGCCGCAGUUGGCAUUGACCCAUUUCGAUGGUGUACCUUGGAGGACCGAUGGCCAGCGUCUGCACAACCUGUCGCUUGAACCGAGCUGUGCAAGACGUAUCCGCUCCGUCAAGUUCAAUAUGGCACGCAUGGAUGAGGAAGAGGUCGAAGAGGUCGUGCAAGAGACCAUCAAUGAUAUGGAUCUCCAGGCUAGAUGGUACCCCUAUCUCGAAACACAAUAUGAGUUCAAUGGGGAAAUCGAGUUACCACUCGACUUGGUCAUUCCUGCCUUGAAGAGGCUGCCAAAUCUCGAUACUAUUUCCCUGACAUGGACAGUGUGUCCGUGGAAAGGGCAUCGUGAUAUCGAGGAUAUCUUCGACCCAGAAACGUCUAUAGAGUUGGCCGAGGAUGAAAUAUACAACACACAACAAUCCGUCCUCGGGGCCCUACUCGAGCGGAACACUCCCAUGAAGAGCCUGACCAUAAAACCCUUCAUGCAUACGGAUGUAAACAUUCCGCCAGGCCUGGAAGCCAACAUCCCAACAGUCUUGGGGUCUGUGACUCAGCUGCAUGUGGAGAUGAACUACGGCGUGCCUCAUCUCUGGCCGAAGCGCUUCGACACAUUUAUUUCGUUUCUGCCUAGCUUGCGAGACCUCUGCGUCCGCACGCACCUGGUAGAAAACCCAGCUUCCGACCUUGACUUCUUCAUCACGAAGAGACUGGAACACCUCGAAAAGCUGAAGCUGUCUUGCCUGCACUUUAACUUUGUCAACUUUGCCAACCUGAUCAAGAACCACGGCCCAACACUCAAGGUGGUCAAACUGCAGUCCUUGAUGGGCUGGUGCGACCCUUUCAACCCGGCCGAGCUUGACUGGGAUAUGAUGUUCAGGCUUAUGAGGGACAGGCUGGAGGUGCUGCAGGAGAUAGAAAUCAGUGGCAAGUUUAGUGAUAACGUGGGUUGGCACCAGCUGUUUUGGCGUGAGGACAUGCAGUGGGCGACGGAGUUGAUUAGAAAUUGGGGUGAGAUGAGCCAGCCACUUGAGAAGUAUAUUUUGGAGGGAGGAGAAUAUCCUCGACCGAGAUGGAGCAUAUGA